GUUAUCUUUUUCAAGGUUCUUGUCAACGAAAACUUUGGCAAUGAUGUUGGAAAUACGGCGCAAAAUAACUUUAGUGACAAUGGUUGCAGUGGUGGUAAUGGUAAGGUUUUUGGUUUUUACAUUGCACUUUAAUUAUUUGUUAUCUAUACACUGAAGAUGCACAUUCAAUUGCAGUCCAGUAACAAACGCUACUCACUGUUGCUUCGUCUGUUUAUUUAUUUUUCGAUUUUCUCAGUUUUACUGGACUCGUUUUCAAAUAUCCGGAAUAAAAUCGACCCCUAAAUUUUUGCAGGCUACAUGUUUAUUUUCGCGAUAUGGGACAGUUCAUACAGAACUAACUAAGGAAAGUCGUUUGCAAUAAGAAGGCGACAAUUUUACAAGACAUUAAUAAUCAUAAUAGUUCUUUGCUGCCCAAAAAGUGUUGACUGAUUAUAUCUGAGAUGCAUUAUGAACCGGCUCGGUGUAAUUACCAUUGCCAGAUGUCUAUCUGGUCACGUAAAACUAGAGCUGUGCUUUCAUAGCUAUAUUUUUUGGAGAAGAAAAAAGUUUAGAUAAUUGUACGAAAAUGAAUGUAUCGAGGUAGCUAUGAUUGUUUUGCAAGUUAAUAACAGCAACAUUGAAGGACUCCGUUUCUAACGUUGAACGAGGGACACCUGUAAAAGCUCCUCCAAGCUUUGAAAAUUAAUUGCAAUACGAGGACCAUAAGACGUCUUAUAGUCAAAAGGCUUGUUUUUCGGAAGACAAACAUUACUGUUUCUUCACCGAGUAUUACCAGCCUGGUUAGGCCAAGCUGCGAUUUUUCCGCCCGAUUUGGAACAGACAUGUUUAACAGAUUCUAUAAUCCGCCAAUUCGUAUUUCGGCGUUUUUCGCAUUUGGAACAGUUACUCAAGAAAAUCGACGCGGUGGAUGUCGUAAUCUGUAAUCGGCUGGCUUUUACGUGGGCCAACAGAUCAGGCCCGGGUUGCUCGAAGCAUGGUUAGUGCUAACCAGCGUUAAAUACCAUGGAAACCUAUACAUUUUGAUACCUCUUAACCAACGGUUAGCGCUAACCAGGCUUCGAGCAACCGGCCCCAGGCCAGCAAGUGUAAAUCCGUCAACCUUAAGACUCAUUACAAAUUCUUCUUGCAAGAGCAGCUCAAACGUAUAACUAGACAAAUGUUUCCCUGAGUAAAUUGUUUUAUUUUUUUUUGUUUUGUCUAAGCUACCAAAGAGAUCUCAUCAAAAAGAAUUUGCCGCUCGAGUUAUGAGGUUUCCCGCCCCAUGCGUGACACACUCGUCUUCAGCUGCGUGGGCUUGUACCCACAACAAUGGCGCAAGAACUCGGAAAGAAUAUCAUAAAAUAUUAAUGCAUUUUUAUUCUACCACUAUUUUUUACUUUUGUUGCAAUUGUGGUGUAUCCGGAAUAUCGUCCCCCUUGGAAGGAGUAAAGGCGAAAUGGGUAAAGCAAAAACCGAAAAAAAUAUAAAAACGAAUUUUAGCACUAAGUGUGGAUAACAUAUUACAUGAGAGGUUGCCAUGAUGCCAACAGUCUGGUUUGUUAAAAUACCCUGUUUAAAAGCUCAGUAGGCGACUGCCAUUCUUCAACGAUUACCGAAUUUUAACUGAACCGAGACGGUUGUUAAGGGGAAGCGUUUUAAAAGUCCUUUCUCGACAAUUGAAGAUGGUUCAGACUUCCUUCGAUGUUAAAAGUUUCAUUUAGUGGCUUCAUUCAAAGACGAAAAAAGGAAAAAUCACCUCGUUAUAAUGCACAAUAAACAACUGAAUUCUUCUUUUUUUGCUGCCAAGUUCAUUAACUGAAUUCUCUAUAGAAACCAUUCCCUCUUGGGAUAAUAAGGCGCCAAAGAAAUUGGCAAAGGCUGAUGACUCAUAUAUUUACGGGACUAGUAUAAUAUUUAUGGUAUUUAAGAACCUAUAGUGCAUGGAAAUAAAUAUAAACGAAUUAUUUUAUACAACUAUUCCGAUAUAUCAAAAUUCAUACUUGGCUGCGAGGCUUGAGGGAAUAAACUAAAAGAAAUCAUCUUGAGGCUCAAUAAUGAAUGAUAUUUUUCUUUCGUUUUACAGUGUAUUCCCCCAAGCCUCGGGGUCAAGUAUGAAUUUUAACACAAGGGAAUCGUGUGGAUAUUGUCCCACAAAAUUGCAUGGGCGCAUAGGACGCGUGAAAUUUGUGGUCUUUAAAAAAAACAAGUUACAGUUACGAUUACAAUUACAGUUUUUAUUGCAAAUCGCAUGGCAAUGCAUACUGAAUAUUCAUGAUAAAUUGCUCAUUAGCUAAGGGAAAUUAAAUUUUCAAGAAACACAGUUAGUAAAUUAGUACAUAGGAAAAAGUAAAAUGCAAAUUUUUGGCGGGAGGCAUCCUUAAGUGUGACUUUUGCUGCAAUUCCGCGGGCGAUGUUAUGGCGAUUUUCCAAUCUUUUAAACUCAGUCGUAACCGCAGGGCUCAUCUGAUGUAAACACUUAUUAAUCAAGAGAAAAGACCCAAUAUAGGUUUUGGUUACUCUAGCUCAAAAAUUCGCCAAUAAAUCCUAUAAAUAUUCGCACAAGUUCGGAACAGCAACCAUCUAGCAGCGACCAAUCACAAAAAACCCCGCUAGCUUAAUUACGCUUGCAAUUUGAAAUCGCUCCUAAACUUGCACUAAAAUUCACCCAUGUAAACCGACUUUCAGCCAAGAAGACUUCGAUAAUUUUUUUUUGAUAAAUAGUUUUUUGGCGGUAUGUUUAGCUGCACCAGAAACAGCGAUGGCGAAUUCAGAACGAAAUCGUUUGCUUUUUAACAAUACUACAGGAAAAGAAAACCAAACAUUAUGUUAGGGCAUAAUGUUAUUUAUGUCGAUACAAUAUGCCUUUGUGGUCUACCUGGCUCCGACUCACAUCAAUCUAACCUCUCUCUCAAGAGCCAACCAAUUCUAUCGCCCUAAGGGAGUGUUCGUAUAAAGGAGCAUGCCUUCCCGCGUUCAUCCCCUCUUGCUUUCACCAUCACGGCGAUUACAUCUCUGCGGAAAAAAAUUCUUUUUUUGUCAGGCAAGUCCUAUUAUAUUUUACCAUCUCUAUAACAUUUAUCUCUGUAAUCGACUUAGCGAUUUUGUACCUGCCAUUUUUUUUCUCUUUUUUCUCGUACAUUCUAUAUUCAGUUUUUUUAACAUAAAUUGAGAUGGGCGAGCCUCGUGAAAAGAAAUAUAAAUUCAUUAUAUUAAGCGGUUGUUUUGGUUAUUUUUUAGAUUCUACUUCUAUUAUCCGGGCUGGAUUCCAGACCUCAGGGAAAGCAGCUGUUAAUAUCAAGAAAGCAUUUAAAAAACGAAGCUUUGUUUUCUUUGGCGGGACAAGGUAUGUGCUCCAAAUAUAAACUCAAAUAGAAAGUUAACCGUCAUAAACUACGCCGCAUUGAAGGUGGUUUGCGUGUCCCGCACCAUCCGACAGUUACUACUGCUGAUGUCAUUUCAUUCGACGUAUCUGAGUAUUAAUCUUAGGCCGGGUGUAAGAUUGAUAUCGGAAGGUGCCUUAAAGAGAGUGUAAAUGGGGAGGUAGCUUUGACAACUGACGGUCAAUUUUUUCCAAUUUUGAAAGUUGGCGGUUAAAUUUUAGAACUUUAUAGACUUUUAUUUGACGAUCAUUUAGUCCAAGAGUUAAAGUAAAUACCAACCGUCUGUAUAAAUUACCGUCGGUUGCAUCUAAGUGUGUACACGUGAGGAAAAGUCAUGUUCUAAUUGGGUGAAAACAUGGCAUGUUUUGUUGCCAAACUGUUGAAGUUUGGGGUGGCGUUCGACGAAGUAGGCAGCUGUUUGUCGGUUUGAUUUGUUUUCAAUCAACAAAUUUUUAACAGGGUGUUAAAAAGAAGAAAAAAAGGAUUUUAAGCCUAACUUACUGUUUUAAAUUGGUUCUUUUUCUAAUUUUAGAUAUACAACUUUUGACUAAGCGUGCACCGAGGAAGCCUAGGGCCGAACCUGAGUCUGAACCGGAAGGAGAACCCACCGGAAGUCAAGGUCACGCUUAUACAGAGCCCAACGCUGAAAGAACCAUAGGCGAACCAACGGCAGAAAACUGGCCCGAGCCCGGUCCUCGCUGGAACUUGGCAUACGAGACUUGGGAAUGGGCCUGGGAACUACAUGUUUAUCUCUACGCAACAGUAUUUCUCGCCAUCGGUUUGUACGCAAACUAUUACGUCAUCGCCAAUGUUUAUGAUGGUCUCCAAAAAAAGUACCUGAGCUUGAGCCUAAACAUCUUGGUGGCCUUUUUUGGGUAUACAAGGGCCUUUGUCAUGUUCUUGGACCCAUACCAUCAGGGAAGCAUUAUUCAUAACACUGUGGUCAUGCGUGUUAUUUGGUCCUUAUCUGGGCCAUGUCUGACCGCGUCAGAUUGUAUGAUGAUUUUGGCCUUGAUUGAGACCGCGAAAAUUUCCAUCGCUCCACCGAAACUACAGAAAGCAUGGGUGAACGUGGCCAUCAUUUGUUUUCAUUUUGCCCUUGUAAUAACCACUGACUGUGUGGUCUCAGAUCAUGUGGAGGCUAAAGCGAUGCUACUAUUUUGUCAGUUGUUUUUCGCUACGUGGGGCAGCGUUUUGGGAACAGUAAAUUUCAUUCUGGGAUAUAAACUUGACAAAAAACUCUUCAGCCAUAAAAAACCAAAAGAAAAAGAAGACAAAAUUUACAUCUGUCUUAUUUACGCCUCUGGUGCUGCAAACUACUUCUUGUGUGGGAUCGUAAUUUAUUCGGCGUUUGGCGUUUUUGGUGUUUAUUCAGAUGUAGAAUACGUGGACGCUUGGCCAUGGUGGACGUUUCAGACCCUUUCGCGUUUUAGUGAAAUCUUAGCGUGCGUGCUCAUAUUCACAGUGAGCGCGAAACGUACACGAGUAAAGCGAGCCGUAGCUAUGGUAACAGAUAAUAAAGAUUUUGAUUCAAUGGAGGCGAGAACUUCCUCGAAAUCGAAGUCGAGAAAAUGGGCAGACUGCUUUAAACGUGAAAGGGCAUCUUCUGCAGACAUGGGUAGCGUCGUUAGCUUGUACACUGCUCUCAGAGGAAUAGCUUUCGGUCCGUUUCAACACCUCGGGCCCGUUCCAGACUCGAUACCCCAAAUAAGUAGAGAAUGCUGGAGUGAGACCACGACCACCAGUACUCGUGCGGUUAUUCCUGGGACCCCAGAUUAUACCUUAACUGAUAAGAAAGUCGGCGAUCAACUCAAAGGGGCAGAUCGUCCAGGACUUGAAAUCCUUGACGUGAGGCGAGAGAGCAUGUUUACUGCUCUUCAUGAGCAAAAGCGAAAAAUCAGCUUGCAAAGGAAGUACUCAGCAGAUGACGCUUUGUUUGAAGAUAUAGAUUCUGAAAAAGAUACCAAAUGUCACUCAAAAAAUAGAAACAAAUCCGACAGGAAAAUUUCCACUUGCAAGGUGUCGCCCCUGUAGAAAAAUGGGCUCAAACCUGAAUAAUCAAGACUAUGCUUUUUACUUCAGUAUCUCAUGGACUCGGAAUCUGAAAUCCCAUCUUUGAAUUCCGCUUGUGCUCCGAAAUAUAACUGCAAAGCUAAGCAAAUUACCUCAAAGCUAACAUUAUCUUUUUCCCCGUUCAAUUCUGCCAUUACUCUUUUAAGUCACUAUAACAACUUCUUUUUUGACAAGUAAUUAUAAGCCGCGAGUGACACAUUCUCAUCGAAUGACUACUCUGAUCUUGCAUUCUUGGUAGGCUAACGCUCGUUUAUCCUUUGGCUCUAAGAUGUUGGCUAAUUAAGCAUGGAAAAAGAAAUAAAAUAAAAAUAACUACAUGCGGAAGAGCUAUUUUCCCAAUCUCGUUCCCAGAGUUUUCUCUUACUCGUGGGUAGGACAGAGGCCGGCUUGCAAGGCUGCUAUUUCCACGCCAGUCUCACCUACGUUCUGGACAAGUAUUGUUGACGACACCUGUACCAUCUCGUUAAAAAAAAAAAUCGAAAUUUAUCGCUGCGUGAUUUACCCACGAAAAUAUUUCUAUAUCUACCCCGCGAUAACGUCCUCAAUGAAAUUCUUUAUUUGUGCGCUCGUUUAGGUAAUUGUUGUUCCAAAGAACGCGUCACCAUAAACUGAAUAACAAUUUACUCAAGAGUGACCUGUUUAUGCCUCUACGCCUUUGUGGGAAAGCCACAGAACUGAAGGGGGUUUUAGAUUGAGAAUAAUAGUUGUUACGCAUUUUAUUAAGGAUCACAUUGAAAAAGGUGAAAUCAUGCCUUGAGAAGGUCUCGCAGAAUAACAAGAAAUGAACUCUUUGUAAUUUGAGUAGACACACUGACUUCUGCGGCAUAUUUGUUUGCGGUCCUUUGCAGUUUAAAUGUCAAUUCUUUGUAAUUUGCCUUGUCCGCAGUCCGUGCAUGAUUCGCUCGCUUUAUGCCGCGGAAAACAUCAAAAACCUACCGCUCGCGCUUCGUGCUCGUGAAAACAUUUGAGCUGGACUUGUAGGCAAGUCUAGGCAAUAAAUUGCGUUAGCAUUUUUUAGCUCGCUGAAGUGGAAUACGUGACAUCAUAGCGUGAUGUCAUGAUAAUUGAAAACUUUAAUGUACUAUGACGUCAUGAAUUGUAAAAAUCUAAUGCCUCCUCUGCUGAAUCCAAAGCCGUAGAAGAACGAGAUGUUCAAUUCAAAAAAAUGAAGGAUGAAAAACAUACAAAUAGGACUGGCUAUAAGGUUAGAUUUGUUACACGUAAAUUCCUACACUGUGGAACGAUUCCUUACCGAACUAUACAUGACCUCAACCUUUCUUACGUGCAAACGACACCAGCGGCGGCAGAUAAUGCGUAAAGCAAAAUUCUGAUUCUUGCUUGCAUUUUGCAAUCGAGUGAAACAGCGUUUUGUUUCCGCUUACGAGUCGGAAGCAGAAGCGGAUUCGAAGAACUAAACCAAUCACAAAGCGGGGAUCGUGCAUUGUGAUUGGUUUAUCCUUCCGCUGCUGCUUCCGACUCCGACAAUCUGGUUUUCACCAGAUCAGAAGCGGAACGUAAGUGACGGAGUCGUAAGCGGAGUCGGAAGAAAUGGAAACGUUCUGAUUCUUCUGACUCCGAUUCCGUCGCGGUUAUGACUCCGCUUACGACUCCGACUUCGACUCCGUCGCUAGAGAAAACCAUCCGUAUAAACGGGGGGUCCCGGGUUGAAUUAAGAGAAAAUAUAAGGGCUUUCUUUCGCCAGGGAGAAAGCAAAGUGUCCGUAAUAAUGAGGUAUCCGUUUUAAGCGAGUGUCCGUAAAGGGGGGUUUCACUGUACCAGGUUAGUUUUUUUUGUAUGAUGUUUUGAAGUAACAUUUGCCUUGGUACGCGUACCGCCUUUUGAAAUUAGAGAGCUUUUAAUAGAUUCUAAGACGAGAACGACUACGAGUAGGAGAUUUUAAUUUCUCAAUACUAUUAAAGAGGUGCACGCGCGUGAGCCAACGUCAUUUUGGCGGGAAAACGUGGUAGCCGUCCAGCCUAGUCCCUAGGCGUUCUCUCUUGCCCCGUUGUCCGCGCGAAGUCUGGGAAAGAGCGGGCGAGAGAACGCGUUCUCGGCGUGUAUCUCUCGGUGACGUCACAGCUCACGGUAGAGUCCAGGAUUGACCGAGCCGAGAACGCCUAGGGACUAUGCUGGUAGCCGUCAUCAUUCUACUAAGAGUUUUAGCGAGAAUGUCGUAGUAGCGAAAAAAGAAGAAAAAAGUAAAAAAGAAGAAAGUAGUUAUCAACUGUCAGGAAUUUUAUCAUUUAGGGAUCGGAGAGGGCUCUACCUCCUUCAACGGAAAUAAGCGUACUAAAUGUUGAGGUGAGAAAAAGCACAAUGAAGUUUUCGUCCUUGAAUCUGAAGCUCUCUAUUGCUGGAAAUUUUGUGCCAGCUUCGUGUGAUUAUCGGGAUCUUUGAUUGUUUUUAAUAGACCUUGUCACGGUUUUCGACACCAUCUUAACGAGUAUUGGCAAACGUGUGAGAAAUUAUAGUGUUUGUAUGAGAAUCUAAUGUUGAAUAAUUUCCGUAAAACGGCUGUUUUGAAAAAAAUUGACUUCUAAACUAAAGCUACAAAACAAAGGAUUGUACUAAAAAAAAUUGGGGGGAGUACCUGUGCUUAAAUUUCUCCAGAGGCUUGCUUUAGAUUUUCCAUAUAUUUGUCUGUAAUUUUUCCCGAGACUUUCUUACAGACAAAAGUAUAGAAAAUUUUAAAAAGUGGUUCUCGGUCUUUUAGCGCAUGUAACGCCCUCAAUUUUUUUGAGUAGAAUCCUUAGGAAUGAAGCUUUAGUUUACAAUUCAUAUUUUUUCAGGAUAGCCGUUCUACGGAAAUUGAUGGUGUUCCCUUUUUUUUAUUUUGGUCCAUUCCAUUUUCUUGUGCGUUUUGUCACGUUAACAUUUUGAUUCAAAACAUCAUUCAAUUUUUUUGGUGUAUUUUAUCUCUCUGUAUAUUAUUUAUUAUUGAAACAUUAUGGGGUACAGUGAGCAAGAACAUAGCACAAUAAACAUCUUGUACUCCCUAAAAAGAAUUUGCCAUCUGACACCUCUGCCUCCACGUAACGCCAACUUCUCUCCAACGCCCAUUUUCUUCUGACCCCAAGGUGGCCGUUGUAGAGAGGUUCGACUGUACUUUGCAAACAAUUCUAUGAUGCUCAUAAAUUAAACAAACAAGCCUUAACAGUAUUUGUGUAUAUAUUUGAUUCUCAGGUUCUGCUGGUGACAGCAAUAUUCAUCUGUGUGGAGGGCAAUAAGUCGUUUUCAGCAUUAAAUACCACGUUUUAUACUCAUACAAAAAGUCUGAGUAAUCAGAAGGUUGAUAAAAACGUGUCUUUGAAUGACAUAGAAAACAGAUCAGAGACUUCAACCGCCUGGGUGUCCAAUCCAUUUGCUCUACCAUUAUCCGAGGCUGAACCCGAGGGCGGUCCCGAUGGUGGUCCCGAGGCUGAGAGUGAGAUUCCAUCAGAUGAACCCGGAUCUGAACCAGAGGCCUCCGCCGAGGACUGGCCUGAGCCCGGCCCUUUCUGGCCAAAAGCGUACGAAGAAUGGGGGAUGGCUUGGGAGAUGCACGUCUACGUAUUCGCUGUCAUAUUUCUCGGUUUUGCAGUUUAUUCAUCAUACUUCAUCGGGCAUGGACUCUACGCGGGACUCGAUCAAAAAUAUCUGGGUUUCAGUUUGAACAUUGUCAUGUUAAUUUUGGGCGCCACUCGUGCAUUUGUGCUCUUUACAGACCCCUAUCUUCAAGGAACCAUGAUAAACAACGUACAUAUCAUGCGCGUAAUAUGGUCAUUGGCAAGCCCUUGUCUCACAUCAGCGGACUGUCUCGUCAUACUCUCUCUAGUGGAGACAGCGAAAAUUUCCCUCGGACCCCAAAGAAUGCAAAAUUUUAGCGUCAUUAUUAAAAUAAUCCUACUUCACUUCGCUCUGGUACUCAUAACAGACUUUGUCGUUUCAGCGUUUGUCGAAGCUAAGGCCAUGCUUGUGUUUUGCCAAGUGUUUUUCAUACUCUGGGGAACUGUACUCGGUAUUGGUUACUUUAUCCUUGCUUACAAACUAAAUAAAAAGCUCUUCGCAAAUAAAGAAGUCAAAAGUAAAAAGGAUAAAUUCUACAUAUAUCUCAUCUACGCGUCAGGGGUCAACAACUUUGUUUUGUGUAUCAUGUUCAUCUAUUCUAGCGCUGGAGUAUUUGGAGUUUACUCGGAUGUGCAGUUUGUGGGGGCCUGGCCAUGGUGGACCAUGCAAACAUGUUUUCGAGUGAGUGAAGUCUCAUCUGCGAUUCUUGUCUUUACCGUCAGUGCGAAACGAAAAAGAUUAAAGAAGAGUCAAGGGGACAAAUAUAAAGAUGCCGUUGGGGGUGAUUCGAGCCAGGAUCGAAGCCAGCAGCAGGGUGCAUCUACAACAGGAAAGGAAAAAGACAGAAGGUUGAGCCUGUUCUCUCACUUGCACUCAGCAAAGGUGCAUGAAAAGCCUGAAAACAACGCGAACAUAGUCCGAAAAAAACUCGAGACUCAAACUGAUAUGCUUACUGACUUGCACGAGGCCAAAAUUGAAGCUUACUAUGCAAGUGAAGACGUAUAA